CUAUCCAGUACCAAGUUCUAUCUAUGGUAUAUAUAGAAAGGUCGUGGUCAAAUGAACAGUUCAUAAUAAAUGCGCAGUUUGGUGUAAUAUUAUUGUUUAUGAUUGUGUGAUUUUUAUUGUUUUUCGCUGUUUUAUUUACCUAUUAAGAAAAUUCACAGUUAAUUUGUACGAUAGUCAACAGUCAACCAAUUGAUCACUUUCAGGCUCUUUAAUAACAUGCUUUCUAAUCAAAAUGUCUGAGGAAGAUGCAUUACUUACGCAAAGCUUGAAAAAGCUAAAAAUAGAGUCUUUUAACGUAAAUAGGUUGCCAUUAAAUUCUAAAUCUGAAAACGGUGCUUUAGAUAUAAACACACCAAUGUUAAGGAGAAGAUAUAAAUCCCUGUCGAAUCUAGAAAAAUGCGUUUGUGGUAAAAAUAAUUUUUUACACGUCAAACCUCUGCCUUUUAAGAAGUCAACUGCCAAAAAUAAAUUAAUCCGUGAUCCCAUAUUGAAUUUUGUAAAAUAUUCUAAUGACAAAUCCAGAUGUGAUUUAGAAACAAAGUGUGGAACUGAUAAAACGUUUGGUGAAUGCUCAAUGUCCAAAGAGCAGGACUUCAAGUCGUUAGUACAAGCUUGUAAGAGAAUCAGUUUAUCAUACAAGACUGCUAAUUAUGUACAAGGUUAUUCUACUAAGAGUUUUCGUCAGCAUAGGCUUACCAAAACUAAAAUUGAGAAAGCCGAAGAACCUCACUUAAGCAAUACUUGUGCUCAUCAAGCCCGCUUAAAUAUGUCCCCACCUUGUGACGUUAGCAUUGAUGAACUUGCUAGUUAUUUUGAAACUUUUGUGCAUAUUCCUAAAAAGAUGAGUGUUAUGGCUGAAAUGAUGUAUAUUUGAUCCACUUUUGUUUGGAAAAUGAUAUUUUUUGAUAAACGAUAUUACAUAUGUAUAUUUAUUAUUUUAGUAGAUUCUCUUUGCACUUAAUGAAAAUUAUUGUUAGUAUGGAAUACCGUUUUUUUUUAAGUAAUACCUUGCAUGAUUCCAAUAAAAAAUGUUUGUUCAUUGACAUUUUCAAUAAGUUUGUAUUUGUGAGUAAAAAAACUAUUAAGAUUACUUAUGAUAAUUUACUAAUAAUUGAUACUCUUUAGAAGUUGAUCUGUACAAUAAAUUGUUAACUGCAAUUUUUGUUUUAUAUCUUUUUGUACCAAGUAUUCAAGUCUUUAUCAGUAAUGAAUUAGUAAUUUAAGUUUCUUAACAUUUGUAAGGGGCGCUGACAGGAUUUAUCUCUCUUAUUUUAAGAAUGAACCUUUUCAUUAUUGAUGAAAAUUUCAGAACUGAUGUCAGUUUAUCAUCUCGGAUCGUACGUUCAAAGACUGGUUCCCGUCAUGUCUCAGAAGACGCCCUUGUCUCUUUAUUUGUUUAUUGAAUUCUUACUAUUUUCUAUCCGCGGUACUUUCAUCUUCUUAUAACUUUAACAAUAAAAUUUUAAGUCCUCAAAGUAAUCAAGAAUUAAUAUACUCAAUUGACAACUAUCUUGAACUUCGCUUUUGUUUGAUUGUUAAUUGUUAUAAUUUGUUAAUAUUCGUGUUUAUUUUAAUGUUGAUAGUGAAUGAAAUGUUUACGUCUUUAUUUUGUAUGUAUUUUUCUUUAUAACUUGUGUUAAAAUAUCAAGAAAAUUCCUUUUAAAGUAGUCCACUGUAGGAAUGCAUGUAUUUUCGUGAAGUUUUUGUAUUGCGCGAAUAUCAUCCAUACGUGCAUUUAAUUUUUGAAGAAGAACAUUAAUGAUUUUUUAAACCUAUUCUGUGAUUAGUAAAAUAAGCCAACAAUGUAUUUUCCGAAAAAACCUACUGAGUAUUCUAGGCGUUAAUGCUUAAGUGAAUAAGAGGUUGCCUAAUUUAGUAAUACAACUGCAGAGUAUUUUUUCCGGAAAACGCGUAGGCAGUUUUCCAAGCGUUAAUGCUUGGGUGAAUAAGAGGUUGCCUAAUUUGGGAAAAUUCAAUUUAUAUUAUUUAAAAUUUAAUAUGUAUCGUUUAAUACAAAUUAUAAAAUUACCAAUAUGGUAAUAUUAAAAUGUAUGAUGAUAUGACAUAUGACGUUCUUCAAAUUUUAUAAUAAUAUUUUAUGCGGUGCAUAUCUUUAUUUUUUCUUAUACAAAAGUUGAAAGCUGUGUUUUCCUUUUGAUGCCAGAAUUUAUAGGUACAUAUCCAAAUUAAAUUUUAUUGUAAAUAUUUUCGUAGUUCUAACUGUCUCAAAAUUGAUCAAUUUGAUUCUCCUUCGAAUAUUAUAAAUAGUCGUAAUAACAAGAAAUCAUUUUCGUACGGUAUCAGAUGCUGUUUUGCAUACUGUGAAACUGGUUAUGGGUUUAUCCUUUAAACCUUCUCACCUAUGUCCUUUUUUUUAUACAUGGUCCAUAUUAAGGUAACUACUUUAAUACUUCUGAUUGUAUCAAAAGUCGGCGAACGGAUUUUCUUUCAAAUAAUUAUGUAUAAAUGUCCGUAAAAAUAAGAAAAUGGAUUUAUACAGCAUCAAAUGUUUUGUACAGCGUGAAACUGGCUGUCCUUUUGACCUUGUCACCGCGCAUCCUUUUCGUGCUCGUAAUUCAUGAAAAGCUCGCAAUUAUUAGUGUGGCUUGGUACCGGCGUGUAUGAAUUGUGUCGAUUAAAUUAUUGAUUAAUAGUGAGUUAAUCGUUUAAAAACAGUUUUGUGCAACGACAGAAAAACAUUUUUCCAUUGAUUGUAAGUGAUUAACACACUUCAAGUAAUAAUGACUGGAAAACAGGAUAAAUAAAGCUAUGGUCAUGUAAUCAAGUACUCACUCAAAGGUCAAAGGAAUGGAAAGGAACAACUAAUCAAUGUACUUCUAGUUUUGCAUCCCAGAGUUGUGAAGGGGGUCUAUUGGAAAGGUUACGAGCGACCAUAUCAAUUCCAUGACAAUCAUAAGA